CCUAUAGACCUGUGAAGGCUAUGAGUCGAUCUCAUUCUCUUCGUCUUCAACCCUUCGUUCCCUAAACCCUUUCUUCUGAAGGAGUCUCAGAUCUUCUUCUGAAACCCUAAGAAAAACCUAAAAACCUUUCUUCCCCUUUGGUAAGAAGAAGGUAGCAAUCAUGGUGUCGCAGGAGUAUCUGGAAAAAAUGCAGGCUCGCCAGAAUUACAGGAAUCUCUGGCACACCGAUCUCAUGAGAACAAUUCAAGCUGAUACUCCUUAUUGCUGCUUUGCGUUAUGGUGUGGACCAUGUGCAUCAUACUUGCUCCGAAAACGAGCUCUUUACAAUGAUAUGUCAAGAUACAUUUGCUGUGCUGGUUAUGUGCCAUGUAGCGGUAAGUGUGGAGAAAGCAAGUGCCCUGAAUUUUGUCUCUGCACUGAGGUCUUCUGCUGCUUUGGAAAUUCGGUUGCAUCAACACGUUUCCUUUUGCAAGAUGAGUUCAACAUACAAACAACACAAUGCGACAACUGCAUUAUUGGUUUCAUGUUUUGUCUCUCACAACUCGCAUGCAUAUUCUCCAUCAUUGCGAUGAUUGUUGGAAGUAGUGAACUCCAAGAAGCUUCUCAGAUAUUGAACUGUUUGUCCGAUUUUGUUUAUUGCACGGUUUGUGCAUGUAUGCAGACACAGCAUAAGGUUGAAAUGGAUAAAAGAGAUGGUAAGUUUGGACCACAACCAGUGAUGGCUGUGCCUCCGUUUCAGCAGAUGUCGCGUAUAGAUCAGCCAGUACCUCCUCCAGUCGGAUAUCCACCUCAGCCAGUGUAUGGGCAGCAGCCCUAUGGGUAUCCUCCACCUCCACAGGGGCAAGGUUACCCUCCUGCUGGUUAUCCACCUCAAGGUUAUCAACCCCAAGGUUAUCCCAAGUGAUCUCAGAUUAUGAUGCCAAAUGGGAAUAUGCAGAUGUAAAAUCAUUUGUGUAGCUAUGAAUGGGCUUCUAUAUAGUUUACUUUGAGAUCUCUAGGAUGAGUUUAUUUGUGUAUUUUUAUAGGAGGAAUGGGUUUUAUAGGUACAGAUGAUUGAUAAAAGUGCCAGUUUAUGUAGAUAAACAUAUUUUAGUCGUCGGAGCAUUUUAUUUUUUUACUUUGAAAUUGUGGUGACAAUCUUUCUUGAUAAUAUUGGCUUGCAACAAUAAAUUUUUCGGAUUUUGUCAUUA